GCAGCGGCGCCUGAGCAGGAGGCGGCGGCCGCUGGGAUCCCCAAAGCGACCCCUGGUAUCUGGCAGCAGCGCUGAGACCGGGGCCGUCCCCACCCGCCCCUGGACCCGUCCGGGUCAGGCCUGCACCGAUCCCCGUCCGCGCGCACUCCUGGGAGCAGCUCCGGGAACCAGACCCCUGCCGCCGCGACCCCUGGCGCCUGGCCUCGCGCCAGGAGGUCUGCUGGGAAUUGGCCCAAGUGAGGGCGGAGGGCCUACUUUUCCUGGUGGUUGGUGAGUGGCAGCAGCAACAGGAGCCCAGACCAAGGACAAGUGGGAGUUGGGAGCCCCAGGCCCCACCAUGGCACCGUUCCUGCGCAUCGCCUUCAACUCCUACGAGCUGGGCUCCCUGCAGGUUGAGGAUGAGGCUAAUCAGCCCUUCUGUGCCGUGAAGAUGAAGGAGGCUCUCAGCACAGAGCGAGGGAAGACGCUGGUGCAGAAGAAGCCGACCAUGUAUCCUGAGUGGAAGACCACGUUUGAUGCUCACAUCUACGAGGGCCGCGUCAUCCAGAUUGUGCUGAUGCGGGCAGCUGAGGACCCAGUGUCGGAGGUGACCGUGGGCGUGUCGGUGCUGGCCGAACGCUGCAAGAAGAACAACGGCAAGGCUGAGUUCUGGCUGGACCUACAGCCCCAGGCCAAAGUAUUGAUGUCUGUGCAGUAUUUCCUGGAGGACGGAGAUUGCAAGCAGUCUAUGCGUAGUGAGGACGAGGCCAAGUUUCCAACGAUGAACCGCCGUGGAGCCAUCAAGCAGGCCAAGAUCCACUACAUCAAAAAUCAUGAGUUCAUCGCCACCUUCUUUAGGCAGCCCACCUUCUGCUCUGUGUGCAGGGACUUUGUUUGGGGCCUCAACAAGCAAGGCUACAAAUGCAGGCAAUGCAAUGCUGCCAUCCACAAGAAAUGUAUUGACAAGAUCAUUGGCCGGUGCACCGGCACUGCCGCCAACAGCCGGGACACUAUAUUCCAGAAAGAACGCUUCAACAUUGACAUGCCUCACCGGUUCAAGGUCAACAACUAUAUGAGCCCCACCUUCUGUGACCACUGUGGCAGCCUGCUGUGGGGGCUGGUGAAGCAGGGAUUGAAAUGUGAAGACUGUGGCAUGAACGUGCACCAUAAAUGCCGGGAGAAGGUAGCCAACCUCUGUGGUAUCAACCAGAAGCUCUUAGCUGAAGCCUUGAACCAAGUCAGCCAGAGAUCCUCCAAGAAGCUGGAUUCUGAAUCUCCGGAGCCUGUUGGGAUAUACCAGGGUUUUGAGAAGAAGCCAGGAGUCUCUGGGGACGAUGCCCCAGGGAAGGGGACUAUUCCAGACCAAGAUCUUACAGGCACCAUCUCUCAAGCAGACAACAGUGAGACGUAUGGCAAAAUCUGGGAGGGAAGCUCCAGGUGCCGCAUCGAGAACUUCACUUUCCACAAGAUCCUGGGCAAAGGCAGCUUUGGGAAGGUGCUACUCGCAGAGCUGAAGGGCAAAGGACAGUUCUUUGCCAUCAAGGCCCUCAAGAAGGACGUGGUUCUGAUCGAUGAUGACGUGGAGUGCACCAUGGUGGAGAAGCGAGUGCUGGCGCUCGCCGGGGAGAAUCCUUUCCUUACCCACCUCUUUUGCACCUUUCAGACCAAGGACCACCUGUUCUUUGUGAUGGAGUUCCUCAGCGGGGGAGAUCUGAUGUAUCACAUCCAGGAUAAAGGUCGCUUUGAACUCUACCGGGCCACGUUUUAUGCAGCUGAGAUAAUCUGUGGACUGCAGUUUCUACACCACAAAGGGAUCAUUUACAGGGACCUCAAGUUGGACAAUGUGAUGCUAGACCGGCAUGGCCAUAUCAAGAUUGCCGACUUUGGGAUGUGCAAAGAGAACAUAUUUGGGGAGAACCUAGCCAGCACCUUCUGUGGCACCCCAGACUACAUCGCCCCUGAGAUCCUGCAGGGCCUGAAGUACACAUUCUCUGUGGACUGGUGGUCCUUUGGGGUCCUCCUCUACGAAAUGCUGAUUGGUCAGUCCCCCUUCCAUGGUGAUGAUGAGGACGAACUCUUCGAGUCCAUACGUUUGGACACACCGCAUUAUCCCCGUUGGAUCACCAAAGAGUCCAAGGACAUCCUGGAGAAGUUAUUUGAAAGGGACCCACCCAAGAGGCUGGGAAUGACAGGAAACAUCAGACUCCACCCCUUCUUCAAGACCAUCAACUGGACUCUGCUGGAGAAGAGGAAGGUGGAGCCGCCCUUCAGGCCCAAAGUGAAGCACCCAGGAGACUACAGCAACUUCGACUUGGAGUUCCUGAAGGAGAAGCCACGCCUCUCCUUUAGUGACAAGAACCUCAUCGACUCCAUGGACCAGACAGCAUUCGCCGGCUUCUCCUUUGUAAACCCCAGAUUUGAGCACCUCUUGGAAAACUGAGGCUCCCAGACAGGCCCUCCACCCCCCUGGGCAGAGCAGGCUAGCCCACCCUCAUCUGCACCUGCCGCUGCCCCUGGUAAGCAGCAGUGUGAUUGUCGUGACUUCUGCUGCUGCCCUCUUUUCCCCAGAGGGGCUCGGCUCCUGCUGGCUGGGCUCUUAUGGUACUUCCUCUGUGAACUGUGUGUGAAUUUGCUUUUCCUCUGUCCUCAGAGGGAAAUUGUAAAUCCUGUGUUUCAUUACUUGAAUGUAGUUAUCUAUUGAAAAAAUAUAUAUUAUAUAUAUAUAUGCAUAUAUAUAAUAGGCUGUAUAUAUUGCUCAGUAGAGAGAAAGCAUGUGGGACUGGCAAUGUAUUGAUCUUUUUAAUAUAUAUAUAUAUAUAUAUAUAUGUAUGACCAAAAGGAAAAAAAACAAAAACAAAACACAAGCUGUUUGAACCACCAGGUUCUUUUAUUUGUGUGUCUAAAUAAACACUGAAUGGUA